AGAUAGGUCAGCCUGACUGCUGCCGGUCAUUUCAUGCUGAACUUGGAGGAGGCAUAACGCUAAUCAAUAGAGUAGGUGUGAGUAUUGAUUGUGUCCUGGUUAGCAACUUAAUUUAACCUUUGUCUUAAUUCCCUUUGUAUUCUUGGAGGGUAUCUGGGAAUGGUUAAGACUUUACAUACUGACUGCUACAAGAAGGAUACAGCUUGAUGAUUCAUGUGUUUGAUCUAGUUUGUCUGCAGAUUUCACAUUUUCCUUAAGAAUACUGUAUUUUAGGGGACAUUACGAGGCAGCAAAAAUGAAGCGCUCCCUUGGACUAUGCUUGGUGGUCUGUUUUGGGAUACUCGAUUUGGGCUGUGCACUUCGGUGCUUCAAGUGUUCCGAUUACACAGGGCGCUGCGAAAAUGUUCAAGACUGCACUUAUGAAGAUUCCUGUUUAUCUCUGAGUGAAAGAGGUGGGAAGACAAUUCGACAGUGUAUCAGAUACACAGACUGUGACAAUUCUCGGCUGUCCCAGAUGUUCCCUGCAGUCUCCGGAUUCACCUACCGGUGUUGCAACAGCAACCUGUGUAACAGUAGUACCACUUUUGCCACGAGAUGGCCAGUUUUCGCUUUGAUGGGGUCACUGUUGGUCUUCUGGUGGUCCUCACUGUGAGCUCCAACUGCCAUGCAGAGCCGUCAAUGGAGCUGGAGAUUGAUUGCAGUCAGUGAUAUGAAUUUAGGUUGUUAUUGUUGAUCGAGUUCAAUUUGUUGUUUAAAUUGUGGAUGAACAAUGUCUGACUUAGCUGCAGUCUUCCUGUUUUCUCACAUGCUUUUGUUUCAGUGAACUAACCUAGAGGAACACUCAAAAUAGAAAUCUAAAUGUUUAUUUAUUUUCGUUGUUGUAAAUUGAUCCUUGACAGUUUUAUGUGCAUAUUUGGGUUAGGCCAUUAGCUUCAGAAGCAUCAGGCUAAGACAACCUCGUUCAUCCAAUAUUUUUUUUUGUUUUGUCAUUUAGCAGAUGCUCUUAUCCAGAGCGACUUAGUUAGUGAGUGCAUACAUUUU